AUGCGAUGCUUCAGGUUUGCUCACACCAGGUAUGCUACCACCAGCCAUGCCACCACCAGCCGUGCAGGGGUUGCCAGGGAUGCCAGUGCCACCGGCUGUCUCUUGUCCCACCAGGUUCUAAGAGACAACCCUAGUUAUCAGGACGAUGAGCCCCUGCAUCAGGAGCGUUUGGUGGGAGAGAUUGCCUUUCAGCUGGAUCGUAGGAUUCUGUCCCAUGUUUUCCAAGGCCAGGCCAGACUAUAUGGGUUCACUGUUCUCAAUAUACGAGACAAGAUCAUAGAGGUCACAACACAUCCCAUGACAGGCAAGGUGAAUGAAAAUCAUCAGCUUCAGCUCUCUCAGCGUCAUGCUGAGCUCAUGAGCAGACUGAACCAGCUUGGGUAUUGCAGCUCACUACACCCUCCCUUCACCGAGUUCAUUAUCAACACCUACGGCAUCCUAAAGCAGAGGCCCAAUUCAUGCAACAUCCUGGAACUGGGAUUCAACAACCCAGACUACCUUCGAAAAAUUAUCAUCGACACAGCUCCCAGCAAACUGCUGAAGGACCUGCUACUUCUGCUCACCUGUCUCUGCUACAUGGGCAGGCAGGAUGGGAAGCCCCUCUUCUUGUGGUAG